AUUCAUGCUGUCAAAAUAUUUGGAGUGGAAUAGGAAAUCGAUCGAUUGUUAUUCGUAAAUAAUUAAAUAUUCAUAUGAAGGUUAAGCACUGUUCUAUUUUAAACAAGCUUAAAAUUCCAAAACAGAAAGCGUGGAGAGCCUUACCUACCAGUGCACCCUUGCCCUUGAAAAUAUAGUGCAAUGAGUCCUGUUGAAAGUGUACCAGUUGCUGUCCUCAACAAUGUUGAUGAUUAUGUGGAGUUACUUUAUGAUGAUAUCCCAGAGAAAAUCAAAGGAUCUGCACUAAUAUUACAGCUUGCUAGAAACCCAGACAAUUUGAUUGAACUGGCCCGUAAUGAGGCUUUACUGAGUGCCCUGUCUCGGGUACUCAGAGAAGAGUGGAAAAGAAGCAUAGAAUUAAGCACCAAUAUUGUGUACUCAUUCUUCUGCUUUUCUACCUACAAUGAUUUCCAUCCAAUCAUCAUUCAAUACAAAAUUGGCUCACUCUGCAUGGAUGUUAUUGAUUAUGAACUAAAAAGGUAUGACCAGUGGAAAGAGAAAGUUGAAGGGAAGAAACAGAUACUUACUCCUGACAAGAGUGAAUUACCAAAGAGCCGUAUUCCAGAGCCGAAGCGCCGUCCGAAGUCAGGCACGUGGGCGGUGGCUGAUGUAAACCUACAGAAAAGUCGCACCUUAGUCUCCAGCUACCAUGAGGACCUGUGCAAUGCCUCAGACGACUGUCUCUCCAAAAACGACGAGGAACAAAUGAGAAGAAAGCUUAAAACUCUUUCUAAACGACAAGAGCAGCUUCUGAGAGUAGCUUUCUACAUGUUAUUGAAUGUAGCAGACAAUGUCAAAGUUGAGGAGAAGAUGCACAAGAAAGAUAUUGUUGGUCUCCUCAUCGGCGCCAUGGAGAGGCAUUCUAAUAUUGACCUACUUAUCCUCAUUGUUUCAUUCUUACAAAAACUUUCAGUUUUCAUAGAAAAUAAAAAUAGCAUGGCAUCCAAAGGCAUUGUUGAAAAGUUGGCACCAUUAUUGGAGUCGCCUAACGCAGAUUUAGUUAAUGUGACGCUAAAACUAUUAUUCAAUCUUACAUUUGAUACUAAACUACGCAACAAAAUGAUUAAAAUGGGCUUACUCCAGAAGUUCAUCAACUUUACAAGUGACGAUAAGCACAUUAAUUUGGCAAUGAAAAUCCUGUAUCAUCUGAGUAUGGAUGAUAGAGUCAAGUUAAUGUUCACGCAGUCGGAUUGCGUCAAACUGUUGACGGACAUGCUUCUAUUGAACGUGAACAGCGAGAGCGGAAUCGGUGGCGGCGCGAGUACCGACGUGCUCUUAGCUUUAUGCGUGAACCUCGCGUGGUGCGAGCGCGCGGCGCAGCAGAUGGCCGCCGAGGGCCGCCUCAGGGAGCUGCUGACCCGCGCCUUCCGUCAUCGUAACACAAUGCUUAUGAAGCUGGUCAGGAACCUGUCGCACCACGCGCAGAAUAAACCGCUCUUUGUGGAAUUCGUAGGAGACAUUGCCGGGGCCGUGACCAGCAGCGACGCCGCCGAAGAGUUCGUGAUCGAAUGCAUCGGCACUCUCAGCAACAUACUCGACUUCAACGGCGCCCUCGACAUUUUCGCCGUCGUCGAGCGAUACAACCUCAUUCCGUGCAUCAUGAAGAUAUUAGACCCUGACAGCAGCAGCGACCCGGAGCUGGUGCUGGAGGGCGUGGUGCUGGCGGGCGCGCUGGGCGCGGAGCCGCGCGGCGCGGGCGCGCUGGCCCGCGCGGGCGCGCCCGACGCGCUGGUGGCGCUGCUGCGCCUGCGCCAGGCCGACGACGAGCACGUGCUGCAGACCGUGUUCGCCUUCCGCCAGCUGCUCGCGCACCGCCCCACCGCCGAGUACCUCGUGUCGCGCACAGAAGCUCCCGCCUAUCUCAUCGACCUCAUGCAAGAUAAAAAUGUGGAGAUCAGAAAGAUGUGCGACUCGUGUCUUGAUAUUAUUUCUCAAAUGCAAAACGACUGGGCAGCUAGAAUUAAGGUGGAGCGUUUCCGUUGCCACAACGGGCAGUGGCUCUCUGUGGUGGAGAGCCUGGGCGCGGAGGGCGCGGGCGCGGGGGACGCGGCGGACGAGCUGCCGCCCUACCUCUCCGCCGAGUACCUCACCACGCACCGCCUCGCCACCUCCGAUUCCCAGAUAUCACUCAACGACGAUUCGGACAGUUUGUCGGGUGAAGUUGAUGUUAAUCGCCCUAAUGGAAGAAACACCAGAGAAAGACAAGCGGAUGAAAUGUACGGAACAAAUGCCCUGGCUGAGAAGGCUGUUGAAAACGACGGAUUGUAUACAAAUAACCUCAAAGUAUUUUCGUGAAAUAA